AUCUCGGAGGAAAGUUCGUCAGCUUUUUCUCCUCCCUUCCUUGGAAUUCACAGAAUUCCCGGUUUCUCUCCUGAGCUCGCCCAGUUUAGGGGUCGAAGAUCGCAGAUUUGGAGAAUUCAGACAGAAAUUCAAAUAUAUCGUGAGAGGGAAAUGACGACCAUACGCAGAUUUAGCUGUGACGAUCUUCUGCGGUUUGCCUCCGUGAACCUCGACCACCUCACAGAGACCUUCAAUAUGUCCUUCUACAUGACUUACUUAGCUCGAUGGCCCGACUAUUUCCAUGUUGCUGAAGGUCCUCCCAAUCAGAUCAUGGGUUAUGUUAUGGGGAAAGUUGAAGGGCAAGGUGAAUCCUGGCAUGGUCAUGUAACAGCUGUAACUGUUUCUCCAGAGUAUCGUAGGCAGCAGCUCGCUAAGAAAUUGAUGAACCUGCUGGAAGAUGUCAGUGAUAAGAUUGAUAAGGCAUAUUUUGUUGAUCUCUUCGUGAGAGCUUCCAACACGCCAGCCAUUAAGAUGUAUGAAAAGCUUGGAUAUGUAAUCUAUAGGCGGGUGUUAAGGUAUUAUUCGGGAGAGGAGGACGGGUUAGAUAUGAGGAAGGCGUUAUCGAGGGACGUGGAGAAGAAGUCGAUCAUUCCUCUGAAACGACCCGUCACACCUGAUGAGUUAGAGUAUGAUUAGUGCAAAAACAAUGCUUAUUUCUGGAUUCACAACACUCAGAGGAAGAAUCUGAGGUUUCUGAUGCGAUGCAAUGCAAUGUGCCAUGAAGCUUUGAAGGACCAAUGUGAAUGAGAGUCUCAACAUGAACUAGUCUUUGGUGAGUGGAUGACUUGUGACAGAAGACGUAUGUUCCCAGUUGUUGGAUUCUUGUUAUGCUAUAAAUCUCUUAGAUACUAUGAUGUCGUAAAUAUAUCGGUUUUUCUGGCGUUUGGGGCCAAGUUGAUAAAUUUGAUAAGUCUUUGCGGAAUA